AUGGAGAUCCGGCCGGAUAGGUUUAAGGCCAUUGCAGCCAAGACCCUCGGGAAAAUAUACGGAGCUCUUGAGAAGAAGCAGGAAAAUGGCGAGACCAUCGAGCUGUCGGCGGAGGGCCGGCCAGAGAUGGUGGAGGAGAAGGAGAUGCCAGUGGUUGACUGCACGUGCUUCGGCCUGCCCAGGCGCUACAUCAUCGCCAUCCUCUCCGGGAUUGGCUUCUGCAUCUCCUUUGGAAUCCGGUGUAACUUGGGUGUGGCCAUCGUCAGCAUGGUGAACAGCCACAAGAUCUACAAAGACAACAAGGAGGUCAUAGUGGAACCUCAAUUUGACUGGGACCCAGAGACAGUGGGAAUGAUCCACGGCUCUUUCUUCUGGGGAUACAUCGUAACUCAGAUUCCAGGAGGAUUCAUUUGUCAAAAGUUUGCAGCAAACAGAGUGUUUGGCUUCGCCAUAGUAGCCACAUCAUGCCUGAACAUGCUCAUCCCCGCGGCCGCCCGGAUGCACUUUGGCUGCGUUAUCAUCGUCAGGAUAUUUCAAGGACUUGUAGAGGGUGUUUCAUAUCCUGCCUGUCACGGUAUUUGGGCAAAAUGGGCACCACCUCUCGAAAGAAGUCGCCUGGCCACAACAGCGUUUUGUGGUUCUUAUGCUGGUGCUGUGAUUGCCAUGCCGUUAGCUGGAAUCCUGGUCCAGUACUCAGGAUGGUCAUCGGUCUUCUACGUCUACGGAAGUUUUGGGAUCAUGUGGUACUUAUUCUGGACCCUGGUGUCUUAUGAAAGUCCAGCAGCACAUCCCACCAUCACUACCGAGGAGAGGACAUAUAUCGAGGAGAGCAUAGGAGAAACUGCCCAACACGCAGUUACGAAAUUCAACACCCCAUGGAGGGCCUUCUUCACAUCCAUGCCAGUGUACGCCAUCAUCGUGGCUAAUUUCUGCAGAAGCUGGACUUUCUACUUGCUUCUCAUCAGCCAGCCCGCGUACUUCGAGGAGGUGUUUGGGUUCGAGAUUAGCAAGGUUGGCAUGGUUUCUGCACUUCCCCAUCUGGUUAUGACCAUCAUCGUGCCCAUCGGUGGCCAGCUUGCUGACUAUUUGCGCUGCAACCAUAUCAUGACCACCACUAACGUCAGGAAACUUAUGAACUGCGGAGGGUUUGGGAUGGAGGCGACUCUGCUGCUGGUGGUGGGCUUCUCUCAUACUAAAGUUGUUGCCAUCACAUUCCUUGUCCUGGCUGUGGGUUUCUCUGGCUUUGCCAUUUCAGGUUUCAAUGUCAACCACCUGGACAUUGCACCACGAUAUGCCAGUAUCCUCAUGGGUAUUUCCAACGGUGUGGGCACCUUGUCUGGUAUGGUUUGCCCACUUAUAGUUGGUGCCAUGACAAAGCACAAGACUCGAGAGGAGUGGCAGGGCGUGUUCCUUAUUGCCUCACUUGUACAUUACGGAGGUGUUAUAUUCUAUGGACUCUUUGCAUCCGGAGAGCAGCAGGCUUGGGCCGAGCCGGAGCAGACGAGCGACGAGAAGUGUGGCAUCCUGGACGAGGAUGAGCUCGCCAACGAGACGGAGGAGCUGUAUCGCACAAGCGGCGGGGGGGGCUACGGAGCCAUGAACCAAGGUGCGGAUCCCAAUGGAGGCGGUGGCAUGGCAGGAGGAGGAGGAGGAGGCUGGGUCUCAGACUGGGACAAAACUGAGGAGUAUGUACAACCAGCCGGGGCCAAUAAUUACCUUUAUGGAGGAGAGGGGGACCGGGAGUUAACAUAA